GGGAGCGUGAAGGGGCGGGGCCUCGAGGUCAGGGGUCAGCACCUCCCUGGUUGCCGUGGCGACUGGAGGCGCGCGACGCGGGCGCAAUGGCGGGGACCCGGGGCUUGAUGCUGCUUGGGCCUGGCCCAGUGGCGGGUCCUAGGGACGUGGGUACCUGCAGAGGCCGGCAGAUGGAGAUUCAGAAACAUAAGGACAACAAGAAACUUCCCCAAGGUAUCAUUAUAGUCUUUAGACUUCAGACACACACCACACCUCAAAUAUAUACACAACUGAAAGGAAAAUUAAGGAAGUUUUUCAAAGAACCCUAUUCCGAGUAAGAAGUGUGUUGCAUGAAUUUCUAAGGUCAAAGAUGUUGAUUCAUUCAUAGUGUGAGGCCCAGAAAUCUGCAUUUUUAAACAACUACCCUGGACAUUUCUAAAGCUGGCUAAAGUUUGAGAGACACUAUCCAAGGGAAAUUUCUCCGUAACUCUUUUUCUCAGAAGAAAAGUAAACUAAAAGUAAAAAUAAGCAGUACCACUAAGUUUCAAGUGAUCCUCUCCUAAAAGAAGAAAAGGCCUAUAUUCAGGCACAAGAAAAGUAUAUUCUCUUUUAUCCAUGCAGAAAACAGCUAGUGAUUGAAAAUCAACACUUCAGACCUCUUGUCUACAUAAAGCCAACUGCCCCUUUGUUUUACUGAUGUCUUCAAUGAUUUUACUUAGAUUUUUCUACGGCAUUUACUGAAUUAGCUAAGCAGACACAGAUCCAGUCCUUUAUGAAUAUGGUUUGGAGACUGUCUACUGAAUCAGCACUCUUAGCUUCACCGACAUAGUCUCUUGGUAGACCAGAAGGUGUAUCUUAUCUGGAAAGACUGCUAUAUCUACACCCACAAAAGGCAUUAUUUAUCUGAACACUAAAUUCUGACUUCCUUGCCAUUUUAGGGAGCCACUUUAAAACAUUUUCAAUAUUUGCUAUUUUGUAGCAGCAAAUCCUUCAGAAGGAGGUCAAGUGAUGGCCUUUAUCUGUUCCCAGCGUCUUGCCCUUAGGUCCUCAGGGCACCCCCUGGACAGCAGCCUUAGGAACCAGGUACAAAGCACAAGCACUGCUGGUCCGCAUGGUAAGGAAUCACUUCCAGACUGGGCCUUCCUAUGGGCUUCCCUGAGCUUCCUGGACUCAAAUCAUAGCCCUUCUUUUCCUCUCCCCUUUGGACUUGAUAAACGCAGUCCCAUUCAUUUAAUCUCCAACUUAGAAAUCCGGAGAAUGUGAGCCCUGGGAUUUACUUUCAGACACCCUCGUCGAUAACCUUGGCCACUUAGGUUGCUGCAGCCUGUCCCCAGGGAGACAGUUAGAAUGGAACAAUGACACAACACCAACAGUAACAACAGCAGCAGAAGCAACAAUAGUAGAAUGAGAAAUAAUUUAUAACAUGCUUACUACAUGCCAGGCACUAAGUGCUUACCCAUAUUAACUCAGUUAAUUCUUAUAACAACCAGAUGAGGUAGAUUUUCUUAUUAUCCCCAUUUUACAAAUGAGUAAACAGAGGCACAAGCAGGUUAAGAAACCUCCCCAAGGUUAAACAGUGAGAAACAGCAAAGAUUUGAACAGUGAGAAACAGCAAAGAUUUGAAACAGCAAAGAUUUGAACCUAUUGCUCGGGAGUCCAUGCUGUUACUCAUUUCUUUAUGCUGCCAUAAUCUAAUAUAAAAUUGAAUAACAAUAAAUGCACCUUAUAUUUGUAUAGCUAUACACACUAAUUUACAUGAUCUUCAUAAGAACUAUGAAAUGGCUGUGAUUAUCCCCAUUUUUAAAAUGAUACUAUAAAGGCAUAAAAUGCUGUAUUUAUGGUAUGCAACCCUUUGGUGAACAACCCUAUAAAUAUUUAAUUACUUAUAUUGAUGUUCUUCCUACGUCUAAGAAAAAUGAUAUUUCCAUUCCUAAGAUGUUAGUAGAGACGAAGAUUUUUCAAUUUGUCUCCUUGAUUUUGUUGGAUUAUAGCAUUAAAGUUAUUUUUACAAAGCCAUCUACGGUAACCCAGUAGAAAGGGUAAGCCUAUUGGCUUAGGAAAACUGAAUGGCAUUCAGUUUCUUCAAAGAAAUUUGGGACAGAUGUGGGUUUUUUUUCUUCUUCUUCUUCAACAAAUCCAGACGACGAAAAAUGUAUUUUAUUUCUUGUGAAAUGCAUUUUUCUGUUCAUCUCAGUAUGUGGGACUGUUGAAGUUUAUAAGUUUGGCAGUGUUCUAACAUGGCCAUCCUGUUCUCCUUUAGCAACUUAUUAAAUGUAUUUUUUUUAAUGAAAACA